UUGCAUGUGAAAGGAAGAAGCGCAGCGAUGGGAUGGAGAUUCAGGUUGAAAAGGACAGGGUGGACAGGACAGGAUCGAGCUCUCUGACGUUUAUCCCACAGCGUAUCCCCAAGCUGUAUCCCAAGGGAAAGUGCCUUGUACAGUUGGCAGUUGACCCUCAGGGCACAUAAUGACCAACGACCCGACGCGAUUCACGACACACCUCUUUUGCGACUGAGAGAGCGGGCUUUGUGGAUAAGUUAGUUAGGGGCAAAGGAGCGCUGGCUGAAAUAUAUCGACUGUGGAAGUCAGUCAUGGAGAAGUACUCCCAGUUUCGGGAUCGAGCUUCGGGAAUCGCUCCGUUCCUACCUAUCGUGGGCCAGACACCGACGAUAUCAGUUUUAUUUCACACCUUUCUGUUUGUUGUGCGAUUCCCACUGUUAAUAUCAGCCUGUCUCUUCUAUUUCUGCAUAUUGCAGUGGCUUCCCAUAGGAAGUCUAGGGACGAAGAUAUCUCUUUGGACAAUACUGGGCAUACCGGGCAUUUGGUGGGUAGAUCUACAGAUCGAAGGGGUGAAGAAAGGAUCACUGGCGAAGCAUGUACAAACACGUCUUCCCGGACCAGGAACAGUAAUUGCUUCGUCGUUCACUAGCCCCAUUGACGUUGUCUACCUGGCGGCCAUAUUCAAUCCAGUGUUUACCACCUCUUACCCUGGGACACGUAAGGUGAAGCAGGUUUCGCUUCUGCAAGCUAUUAUUCAUGCUUUCGACUCGCCAGAGCCCACGCCACCCCAUUCGUCCAAGGCGGAUCUAAUCGACAUAUCGACGCUUAUUAAACGGAAUCCAGCCCGCUGUGUCGUCGUUUUCCCCGAAUGCACUACCACCAACGGUAAGGGAAUCCUUGAGCUCAGCCCUUCUCUCUGUUCAGCGACACCAUCUACCAAGAUCUUCCCUAUCAAUCUUCGCUAUGAGCCGGCUGAUGUCACGACACCGAUCCCGGGAUCCUAUGCGAGGUUUAUCUGGAACCUGCUGAGCAAACCAAGUCAUUUUAUCCGGGUGCGUAUUGCCGAAAGUGUAAGCCAAGAAGUGUUGCAAACAUGCCGGCCCAGACAAGCAGACGUGUCCGAUGCAACCUUGAAUCAUGAACAGCAGAAAUGA